GCUGUUCUCACAUCGACUUCCUCAAGAAUUCCCUCYGAUAAUUAUGGACCUCAACAAGCAUUUCUUCAUAACAUAAAUGCUUGGUGUGCAAAUUCGUCCAACGUUAACCAGCACCUAGAGGUUGAUUUACGUGUGGUUAAGAURAUCAAGUCAAUUGCAAUUCAAGGAAACCCUAAAGGAGAUGAAUUUAUUAAGACAUUCAGUGUAUCAUAUGGCGUUCUUGAAGGUCAUUGGUUGAUGUACAAAGAGAUUGGCAGUAAACAUCAUUUCGAAGGAAAUUCCAAUCAAGAAAUAGUGCAAGAACAUACAUUGAAGAAUUUGACUGCAGCUCGCUUUAUUCGCCUUACWCCUGAAACUUGGCAUGGAAACGUGUGUGCACGWAUACAGCUUUUUGGAUGCGAUGCAGAUCCUUUCCGCGCACUUGGCAUGACCAGUGGUGAAAUACCUGACAAUGCUAUCCAAGCGUCUUCAUACUGGCAAGGAGAUAAACAUGAUCCAAUGAUACCUUCAUAUGGCCGUCUUCACUGGACAGUACAUGAUUACAUCCAAUGCUGGUCGCCGAUGACACUCACGCAAAAUGAGUGGUUCYGYAUUGAUUUAAGUGUAAAGGAGUUUAUAACCGCRGUCGCGAUACAAGGAAGACAUCCMGGYGUUUCUUWYCAUAUCGUAUUGGAUUAUCGGGUAACAUCUUUUAAAUUGACAUUUGGAAAUGAUACCAGCUCAUGGACAGAGUACCAAAAAGACGGAAAGUSGAAAAUAUUUAGAGGUAACAAUGAUCCAAGUACCGUUGUGCGUCACAGUCUCUCAACGGUGAUAUAUGCUCGCUACAUAAGGUUCCACCCCUAUACUUGGCACGGUCAUUAUGGAAUGAGGGCUGAGGUGUAUUCCUAUGGCAGAGCUUCCCCUAGGGAACUUGGGAUAGCAUAUCCAAGUGGAGACAGUCCAGACGUACCUGGAAGUCAAUUAUCAUCCUCCAGCAGACUUGGAAAUCAUGCUGUUCGUCGUGUAAGACUCAACACUCCUAAGGAAUAUGCGGCAUGGUGUGCAAAGUAUAAGGAUCGAUACCAAUGGGUCUCAUUUGAUCUUGGUCACAGAAUACUCGUCACAGGAAUCGUGACACAAGCUCAAGGAAAUAACGUUGAACGUUGGGUGACCACUUACAAGGUAUCGCAUAGUUUGAAUGGUACUGAUUGGAUUUUCUAUAAGGACGACGACAUGAGGGAAGGAUCACAAGUCAAGAAUUUCACCGGUAACACAGAUGCAACUGGAUAUGUGACAAACCUCUUUAACAGGGACAUCCCAGCAAGGCACAUUAGGAUUCACCCCGUGACAUGGCAUAAGACGACUGAUUAUCCUUGUAUGAGAGCAACAGCCUUGGGUCGACGUACAGGUUUCCUUGGGUCUCCUGUGUUUACCACCCGGGAAAGGUCUUACAUUACUGCUUACAGCAACCAGCGCAUUACUUUGAAUUGUGAUGCUGUCGGAGACACACCCAUGACUUUCACCUGGAUAUAUGAAGGACAAGUCAUCCAGAAUAAAACAGAUCAACCAUCACUAAUCCUUACUAAUGUCACUAAAUCUAACGAAGGAUUUUAUACCUGCAAUGCAUCCAAUUCAAUUGGUGUAUAUUCCAAGAACCUUUAUCUCCAUGUAAAGGAAUCGUUUGAAGUAUGUACCAGAUAUCAAACUAUCGUUGACAAUUCUCGAUGGGUGGGAGCUACUUCAAUUGCAAGCAGUGAUACGACUUUCAAUGAGAGUGACUGGUACGUAUUCAAAGACAGCCACAACAACUUCUACCAAAUACCAACGACCUGCGUACCUCAAAAACACUGUGGAGCAUUGGCACCAGGGUACAUGCARGGRUCCUUGCCAACUGUGAGUGAGGGAAUUGUACAAAGAAAAGUAUGCUUCCACAGUAAAGGAGAUUGUUGCCAUCACAGUGUGGACAUCAACGUGCGAAACUGCCAUAUGUUUUACGCCUACCAAGUGAAGAACCUGGACGCUUCCUGGAAGGCCAGAUACUGUAUUGAAGACCACUCAAUCGAGAACCAAGACAUCAUGUUUCAUUCUCUUCCAAUGGCCCUUAGCCAUCAUAUGAUUGSUCGGUUUUAUCAGGUAGACCGCUUUCACUGCAUGAUGUACUGUAGGCUCGAGGGCAGAUGCAAGUCAUUCAACCACAACCAAGUGCUGGAGAUAUGCGAACUUAACGACGCAACAACUGCAGAAUUCCCGGAUCAUUUGACAGAGCAACCUGGGUACAUCACUUAUGACAGUAUUCACUGAUGCCCACAACAAGGUCACUUUUGCAAAAUCAUGAUUUCAGAUCACAUGGGAAACUUUUCAAUAGAAAAUGCYAAUGAUGUAGACAUCUACGAACAUUGAAGGCAAUCUUGGAGCAAAAGUAUUUGCACUAUUUUGCAUGUUGUUGUGGCAACGAACUCUAACAGUUGUGUAAAAAAGAUAAGUUUAACAUCGUAAAAAAGUAUGGGAAAUAAGUAAGUUAUUUCCCAUACUUUUUUACGGUGUUAAACUUAUCUUUUUUACACAACUGUUUCAGUAGAAACACCGACGCAGCUAACACUAGUUUACCGCUAGUUCCCACCAUUUCAAUAACUCUAGACGGAUUUUUGCAACACUGAAUUCUAUAAGUUCCUUCCGCUACAAAUUUUCAAAAUGCUUGAAUGAAUCCAUAUACCUUCAAUGCAUGCAUGUAAAACAGCGUUGUUGCUUCARUUUCUUAAUGCCAUAAGGCAGUAGCUUUCAGUGAAAAUACAGGUACCAAAAACCGUUAUUGUUUUUCAAUAAUUUAUUUAUUCGUCAAUCUGAAAUAUAGGUAACGAUUAAAAACAACUAUAAUGACGGUUCCAGGACUGGAAUAGAACUUUUGUAGCUUAAAUUGUAUUGUACAAAAUGGAAGACGUGGUUAAUUCCUUCAGGGACGUUUACUUUUUUGCAUUCCAUUCAGGGUCCAGACAGGUUCCAUAGGUUGUUAAUUCGCUCCUCGUUGGGCUCCCUGUGAUCGCCCCCCCCCGAAAAUCCGAGUGGCCAAAACUACGGUUCAUGUAAUCAGUAUUGGCCGAUAACAAAACUAAAAGGGACUGGGUACGAACUUCCAAUUCAAAUUAAAUAAUGGUUCCAAAAAGAAUAACCCCAUCACGUGAAAGAGCACCAUACAAAAGGCUUGCUGACUAAGUUUCAUGAUGUUUGAACUUAUAGCAAUAAAGUUACGGACAUUCAAACCAUGCCAAAAUUACAAAGAAAUGUAUGGUGUCCAGCCAAAGCGUCCAGCCAAACAUACA